AAAUAAUCCAAAUAUCCAAUACCCAAAUUAAACAAUUCGUACUUCAAUUCCCAGCACUCCCCUAGCAGACAACAACCUAAUCGGCAAAUCUGAAAUCCCUAACAUUAGAAGAACAGAGUCUACGAUUCGAGUAGACAAGUACUCGACGAGUCACGAGCGUCAAGCGGAGUGGAGCUUGGAGUCGACAAGCGGAGUCUGCCUGAUUUCCUUAGCUUGCGCAGUGGCGCCAUGGACGCUGAAGGCUGGACGGCAAACGAUUAAGGGCUUUAGUGCAGACCAAAAGGAAAAAAAGCAGCGAGAACUCGAGAAUGGGGUCAAGAAAAUCAAAAGCUCCGAUUCCAAAUUCACAAAGUGCAGCUUUUAUGGGCAGAUUUUUGAGUAAAACGUCCUCCUCAACACCCUCCUCAACACCAGGAAGUUCAAGUGUAAAUUUGUGUAAUAUUACUUCUCAAUGUCAUAAUCCAAUGUCUCAAGAAGUCGAUUUGGAUGACCUUCCUUCGGACCCCGCAAAAAGAAGAAAAAUUUCUGAAUAUCAUCCUAAUCAAAGGGAUGAAAUUCGAAGAAAAUAUCUGAUUAAAGGUCCUUGCCAACCACGUGGUCAUGACUUCCCACAAAAGGAAAUCGGGAAUACUUUGAGACGGUUUAAUUCUAAAUGGUUUGAUAAAUAUCCUAGCUGGUUAGAGUAUAGUAUUCAAGAUGACAAAGCUUUUUGUUUAUGUUGUUACUUGUUUAGAGAUUAUUUUGAAAAUCGUGGUGGAGUGAUGCAUUUGUAAGUCAGGGCUUUUUAAGUUGGAACAAAACUGAGAGAUUAGGUUCUCAUGUGGGUGAAAUAAGUAGUUUUCACAACAUAGCAGUUAAAAGGUGCGAUGCUUUGAUGAACCAAGAUCAAUCAAUAGCAGUUGCAAUGGAUAGACAAAAUGAAAUUGUGAAAAAUGAGUACCGUAUUCGCUUGAAUGCUUCUAUUGAUGUUUCAAGAUUUUUAUUGCAUCAAGGACUCCCUUAUCGUGGUCAUGAUGAGUCUGAAGAUUCUAACAAUAGAGGGAAUUUUUUGGAAUUGCUUAAGUAUACCGCUAGUCAGAAUGAGGCGGUUAGUAAGGUUGUAUUAAAAAAACGCUCCAGGGAAUAAUCAAGUUAUUGCUCCAAGCAUUCAAAAAGAUAUUGCCAAUUGUUUUGCACAAGAAGUGGUGCGUUCUAUUAUUGCAGAUAUUGGUGAUGAUGUGUUUGCUUUGCUUGUUGAUAAAUGUGGCCUGGUUAAAGAAAGUUUUAUUAGUGUUGUUCUUGUCAUAGAUACAUCUUCUUUAUCUCUUAAAUCUGCUAUUAAUUGUGUUUUUUCUGAAUAUGGGCUGAGUUUGAAAAAUGUGAGAGGCCAGGGCUGCGAUGGUGCAAGUAAUAUGCAGGGUGAAUUCAAUGGUCUCAGAACUUUAAUUUUGAAAGAAAAAAACUCAGCUUAUUAUGUUCAUUGUUUUGCUCAUCAACUACAACUAGUUGUUGUGGCAGUUUCAAAAAAACACUUCGAGGUUGGAGAUUUCUUUGAUAUGAUUUCGCUAUUAUUGAAUGUGGUUGGAGCUUCUUGUAAAAGAAGAGACAUGAUUCGACAAAGCCACCAAGAAAAAGUGAAGCAAGCUAUAAGCAGUGGCGAAAUUAGCACGGGAACAGGUUUGAAUCAGGAACUUGCACUUCAAAGACCCGGAAACACGCGGUGGGGUUCUCAUUAUAGAACACUUUUGAAUUUGGUUGAAUUGUUUUCAUCUGUUGUUGAGGUCCUUGAAUAUGUCGAAAUUGAAGGCAUUAAUAGUGUAAAAAGAUGUCAAGCAAACGGUCUUUUAAAAUACUUUCAUUCCUUUGAUUUCGUCUUCUAUUUACAAUUGAUGUUGCUUAUUUUGGGACUCACAAACUCUUUAUCAGUUGCUCUUCA